AACGUUGGCGUGUGCGCAGCCGCAACUUUUCCUCCUUCCCGUCCCUGCGAAAGCGAACCCCGCAACCCCCCCCCCCCCUCUCCUCCCCAUCCGCCGGCCGAUCCAUCCAUCGUCGAUGACGCUUGGCAGCUCGGGCGCCGGAUCGAGUGUCGUCGUUCCUCGGAACUUCAGGCUUUUAGAAGAGCUUGAGCGUGGAGAGAAGGGCAUUGGUGAUGGGACAGUGAGCUAUGGAAUGGAUGAUGCAGAUGACAUCUACAUGCGAUCAUGGACUGGUACCAUCAUUGGCCCACACAAUACUGUUCAUGAGGGCCGCAUCUACCAGCUAAAGUUGUUCUGUGACAAGGACUAUCCUGAGAAGCCACCAUCUGUCAAAUUCCAUUCAAGAAUCAACAUGGCAUGUGUUAAUCAUGAGACAGGAGUGGUUGAUCCAAAGAAGUUUGGUUUGCUAGCAAACUGGCAGCGGGACUACACUAUGGAAAAUAUCCUUACCCAUCUCAAGAAAGAGAUGACCUUCUCGCACAAUCGCAAGCUAGUGCAGCCUCCAGAAGGGACAUUCUUCUAAAGAAGUGUGCGCUGGCUCAUUUCGUGAUUCAAACACAGUAACUGUGGGAACCAAAAAAAAAAAAAAUAGCAUCAGCAUCUGCUACCUGCGCUUGUAUUUUCCAGUCUUUUUAUGCUAUGCCCUUGUAUCUGUGAACCCCUGUGAACAAUUGAAGUACGUGCAAUUUGCGUGAUGGCUGUAGAGGAUGUUGAACGAAGCUGAAACAGCUACAGUUUGAAGGUUCUAGCGAUUUAACUUGAAGAAACUGAUGUGUAACAGACAAAUGCAGCUUCUGCGCGUGUGCCUCAAGAUAUGUUUCUCGAUA